ACAGUCGUCCCGCAUCCACCCCGCACAGCAGCGCGGAUGAAACACCGGUCACCUUCAGGGCAGCAUCACGGGAAAAGGCCCCGUGUUCCCGGCGCGGCCGCCUCCAGCUCUCCGGCCGACGGGAUGGAGGACAAAUCGCCGUCCACCCCGCGGGAACUCACGCAGAACCCGCUGAAGAAGAUCUGGAUGCCGUAUAAAAAUGGCCUUCCAGAAAAACACAUUUCUCAGAGGAAGGUUUGUAUGACCAACUGUCCCACCCUGAUUGUGACAGUGGGCCUUCCUGCCAGGGGGAAGACCUACAUCUCCAAGAAACUCACCCGCUACCUGAACUGGAUCGGUGUUCCCACCAGAGAGUUCAAUGUCGGCCAGUACAGGAGAGAUUUUGUGAAGAUCUACAAAUCCUUUGAGUUCUUCCGUCCUGACAACGAGGAGGGCUUAAAGAUCAGGCGGCAAUGUGCUUCGGCAGCGCUGAAUGAUGUGCGACAGUACCUCACAGAAGAAGGAGGCCAAGUGGCGGUGUUUGAUGCCACAAACACCACCAGAGAGAGAAGAGAGACCAUCAUCCAGUUUGCAGAGCAGAAUGGAUUUAAGGUGUUCUUCGUAGAGUCUGUGUGUGAAGACCCAGAUGUCAUACAGGAGAACAUUGUGCAAGUGAAGCUUGAAAGCCCCGACUACACCAACUGUAACAAUGAGGAGGCCGUGGAGGAUUUCAUGAAGAGGAUCAAGUGUUAUGAAAACUCCUACCAGACACUGGAUGAAGUUCUGGACAGGGAUCUCUCCUACAUUAAAAUCAUGGAUGUGGGUCAGCGCUAUCUGGUGAACCGGGUGUUGGACCACAUCCAGAGCCGGAUUGUCUACUACCUCAUGAACAUCCACAUCACGCCGCGCUCCAUCUACCUGUGCCGCCACGGAGAGAGCGAGCUCAAUGUCAAGGGACGCAUCGGAGGAGACUCUGGCCUCACUACUGGAGGCAAGGAGUUUGCUAAGAAGCUGAACCAGUUCAUCCAGGCGCAGGGCAUCAGCGACCUGAAGGUGUGGACCAGUCAGAUGAAGAGAACCAUCCAGACAGCGGAGGCUCUCUGUGUGCCAUACGAACAGUGGAAGGUCUUGAACGAAAUCGAUGCGGGAGUGUGUGAGGAGAUGAUGUACGAGGAGAUCCAGGGGAACUAUCCUCUGGAGUUUGCCCUGAGGGACCAGGACAAAUAUCGCUAUCGGUACCCAAAAGGAGAGUCCUAUGAGGACCUGGUGCAGCGGUUGGAGCCGGUCAUCAUGGAGCUGGAGAGGCAGGAGAACGUGCUGGUCGUCUGUCAUCAAGCCGUCAUGCGUUGCUUAUUGGCCUAUUUCCUGGACAAGACUGCAGAGGAACUGCCUUACCUGAAGUGCCCGUUGCACACAGUGCUGAAGUUAACACCAGUGGCCUAUGGCUGUAAAGUGGAGUCCAUCAGCUUAAACAUUGAUGCGGUCAACACACACAGAGAAAGACCAGAGAAUGUGAACGUCCAUCGAACGGCCGAGGACGCCCUGCAGACCGUCCCUCCUCACCGCGGACACCCGCCUGCUGCUGCUGCUAAUGGACCAUGAAGUCGUGUGGUCUUUCUCUCUCCCCUCCUGGCGGUCUUUUGUGUUUCUUUUGUUCACCUUGCCAAACUGCACAACCUGUUCCCAGUGGUGACUGUCUGGUGAUGGACACCCUCCUCUCCCAGCACCUCUGCCACACACACACUUCUGUGUAAUACCUGUCUCUCUUAAUAUCUAAAGGAACCUGGGAGCAGAUAGAGAGCUUGGGCCUCAGGGUUUAUAUUUGAAAACCACAUGUUGUGGCUCUCAGUGCAUUUGGUCCAAACCACUGUGUUCCACAGAGGGGGGGUUUAAACACUUUGUUACGAUACAUUACCCAGUGUGGUAUCAUUGUGUUGAAGUUGAUGAUGAAGCCGACUGCAGUAUAUAUUUUUAAACAUCAACCACGUGGUUUAAUUGAGUGACCUUGUUACUUCCUGCUACAUGUUUGCCGUGUUGCUGUCUUGUGUCAUCAUUGUUUCACGUGAAGGUGUCUACAGUGAUGAUGGGUAUGAGGAUGAGCCUGCUCACUGUUUUUGAAUUGGAUGGACUGGAUCAUUAUAUGCUACGGGGUAAACAUUCAAUUUAAAUUUAAAAUGAAGGGGCACUAUGUAUAUAUCUUGAUCUUUAGCUGUGUGGUCUACAGCAAAUAUAUGAUCUCACGUGAGGCAGAAGUUAUAUGUAAAUGAUUUUGCAGUCCACACCUUCAGUGAUAGUAAAACAAGCCUCUUUUGCAUCUCAACACACAAAGUAUGGGAAAUGCAAAACUGUAACAUGAGCUCAAAGCUGUUGAUAAUAAAGAAGUGUUAUUUUUAUACACCAACCUGU